UCCUCACAGCCUCACUUGGAUCUUGCACCUCAGCCGCUACUUCCGAAGAUCAAAGCCACGUGGAUCAUAAACAUAGUGGCUCAAGUUAGGGUUAAUAAUUUUUCUUGUUUAUCUGCGGGGAGAACUCAAGAAAAUGCUGCUCUGAUUGUUCGUUGUAUCAGCGAAAGGUGAUUUUGGUCCUGUUCCACUAGAUUUCUUUCCUUUUCUUUUGGAAGCAAGUGAUGUUAAGACCAUAUAAAAAAAUGAGUGGCAAAGGAUAAUGAAAUUGUAGUGUGGUAUGAUUAUUUUCUUCUCAAUUUGUGCAUUUUUUUGACAACACAGUAAGGGGAUUUUCUUUGUAAAUUUGGAGUUUUAUAGCAGCUGUUUCUCACAGUUAACGGAAAGGAAACUAUAUUGAGCGACUGAAAACAAGGAGUGGUGAAUAUAUUUCUUGAGUUGUAGAUUCUUCAGCUUGUAAAAAUUGUGAUAGGCAGACAUUGACCUCUUGGACUGUUGAAUAAGAUUCUUGCGUGUUACGAUUCCAUGGGAUGGAGAGGUGCCUUCUAUUCUUCACUUUUUCUUCUCACCCUAGUCGAAUCAUCAAGUAGGUCAGAGAAAAUAUCGUUGUCAAACUUGGGUGCUGAAGAAGCUGUAGAAUUCAGCUGGCCAGUCUUCAGUGCUAGCAUAUUUGUAUUUGUUGCUCUUGUCCUCUCUGUGUACCUCAUCUUUGAGCAUUUAGCUUCUUAUAAUCAACCAGAGGAGCAGAAGUUUUUAAUAGGACUCAUUCUGAUGGUCCCUGUUUAUGCAUUGGAAUCGUUUUUAUCACUGUUGAACUCAGAUGCUGCUUUCAAUUGUGAAGUUAUUCGGGACUGUUAUGAAGCUUUUGCGUUGUAUUGCUUUGAGAGAUAUUUGAUAGCUUGUUUAGGUGGGGAGGAACGUACAAUUCAAUUCAUGGAAAGUCAGACUGUAGUCACUGCUAGCACCCCUCUUUUAGAAGAUGCUUAUUCAUAUGGAGUUGUGGAACAUCCUUUUCCAUUUAAUUGGUUCCUGAAGGAUUGGUAUCUAGGCCCCAAGUUCUAUCAUGCUGUAAAGAUUGGAAUUGUUCAGUAUAUGAUACUGAAGAUGAUCUGUGCUUUACUAGCAAUGAUUUUGCAAUCCUUUGGAGUUUACGGAGAAGGAAAGUUUGAAUGGAGAUAUGGAUACCCAUACUUGGCCGUUGUUCUAAAUUUCAGUCAGACAUGGGCCCUAUAUUGUCUUUUACAGUUCUAUGCUGUUACUAAAGACAAGUUGGAACCAAUUAGACCUUUGGCGAAGUUUUUGACAUUCAAGUCAAUUGUAUUCCUGACAUGGUGGCAAGGUGUUGCCAUUGCAUUUCUUUUUUCCUUGGGAGCUUUAAAGGGGUCACUGGCUCAAGAACUGCAAACCCGUAUACAAGACUACAUUAUCUGUAUUGAGAUGGGUGUUGCUGCUGUUGUGCAUCUUUAUGUCUUUCCUGCGGCACCUUACAAGCGUGGAGAAAGAUGUGUCCGUAAUGUAGCUGUUAUGACCAAUUAUGCUUCUCUGGGAACACCACCGGACCCUGAGGAGGUCCAAGAUUGUGAAAGAACUACUAGGAUGAGCAUGGAUCGGCAUUAUGAAAGAGAAAAGCGUUUAAACUUCCCCCAAAGUGUCCGUGAUGUGGUUUUGGGAAGUGGCGAAAUUAUUGUUGAUGACAUGAAGUAUACAGUGUCACACGUGGUUGAACCGGUUGAAAGGGGAAUUGCUAAAAUAAACAAGACCUUCCAUCAGAUAUAAAAUGUGAAACGCCAUGAAGAGGAGCGGUGGAGGAACUCUAAGGAUGACAGUUAUCUUGUCCCCUUAAAUUCAUGGAAUAGGGAAUUUUCUGAAGCUAUUGAUAAUGUUGUAGAAGGCAGUGCUAGUGACAGCGGUUUGUCAGCCACCGGAAAGAGACAUCAGCACAUCCAAUCCAGGAAUAAAACUGCUAAAUAGUAUCUUCAGCUGUUCAUUACAAUUGGAGUUACCGAAAGGUAUUUCAACAUCACUUUUUUCUGGACAAUAUCAAAAAUGCUUUGCAUGUACAUGCAAAUUCGAGUCGUCUUAAAUUUUCUUUUUCCCACUUUCCCCCUUUUAAAUGCUUGGUUUGGAUGAUGACAUAGUUCGAGGGUGAAGGACUUUGGGGGAAGGGGUGAGGGGGGGAUAUGACCUCCAUACUUCUCUAACUUGAGAAAAUGUAUAGAGCAAGACCCUGACUGAAACUGCAAAAUUUUGCUGGGUUUGGUAAAUGUAUAGACAUCACUUUUAUGAACAGGUUAAAAUUAUGAUGUUACCCCAUUUUACAAGCAUUAUUUACUUACUGAAUU